UGCUACGUUCAAUUAUGUAUGCGGGGUUUGUAUUUGGUCCUGAUGAAGAAAACAACUUUAGGCCAGGAGACGGAAUUUAGCUAUCCGGAAACGAUAUGUAUGUAUCAGUAAAUGGGAUCUAGGCUAAGAGCAUGGCUUCGGCGGAUUUCCAGAGAAAAGUGGAACAAGCUUCGGAGCUAAUCCGACCGCAUGUUCGCCAUACGCCGACAGAAUUCUCCCACUGGCUUAGCAAGCUUGGGAACGCUCAGGUCUAUAUCAAGUGGGACAGUGAGCAGUUAACAGGCUCAGCUAAAGCAAGGGGAGCUUUUCAUAAACUGCUUGCUCUGAAACAAAGAGACCCAGCACUGAUCAAGAAUGGAGCAAUAGCAGCGUCCACUGGCAAUCAUGGAUUGGCUUGUUCCAAGGCAAUGAGUAUCCUUGGUAUCAAAGGAGUAGUCUACGUCCCAGACAUGGUUGACCCACAAAAGAAGAAAAUGAUUGAAGAGAAUGGUUCCAUGGUGAAGAUAGUUGGACAUACCUGUGCCGAGGCAGAACAUGAGGCAAGGGUGGAGUCUGAGGACAAAGAAAUCCCCUAUGUAUCUCCUUCAAAUGACUGGGAUGUCAUGGAGGGACAAGGAACUCUAGGGUUGGAGUUGUAUCAGGAUCUUCCCUCUGUUGAUGUGGUGUUCGUGGCUGUUGGGGGAGGAGGUCUGAUUGGAGGCAUCGCUUCAUACCUCAAAGCUGUUAAGCCUUCAAUACAGGUUGUGGGCUGUGAAACAGAGAUGUCGCCUGUCAUGUCUAAGUCUGUCCAGGCAGGGAAAAUCCUGGAAAUGCCAUCUGGUGAUACGUUAUCUGAUGGUACUUCAGGAGGUGCUGAACAGGGAUCAGUAGCAUUCCCUGUUUGUCAAGAAGUUGUGGAUGAUUGGGUUGUAGUCACUGAGGAAGAAAUUGCCAAAGCAGUUUAUGAAGUCAUGGACAAGCACCACAAGAUAGUAGAAGGGUCUGCUGGGGUGUCAUUUGCCUCGUACAUCAAGACUAGACAGAGAUGGGAGGGGAAGACUGUUGCUAUUGUAGCAUGCGGAAGCAAUAUCAGUAUGAAAAACCUCAAGAUGAUAAUUCAGAAGUUUGGCUGAAGGAGAUGCUGGACUUACAGGUGCCUCCAAUGGAAAUCUUUCUACUCGACACCCUGAAACAAAUGUUUUUUAUUAUUCAAUCUGUAAC